AGCAGCACCACCCGGAUGCUCAAAAAAGACAAGACAUGGACCAACUAGAAGCAUCUGCUGGGUUUGUGCGCGCGAGUGUCGGGCAACUAGUCUCUGCACUCGGCGGUCCAGCCCACUAUCUCCCCGACGCGCCAUACGAACUUGGCGACGACGCGUUAGGAUGUCUAAAGGAUCUCAAGCUCUGGAUCAAGGCCUACGACGAGAAGCGCAACAGUUUGGCUGUUGCAAAGGCGAUUGCUGAAUCUGGACUUGUUGAGAAGGAUCUUUUGAGAAUUAUUACUGAUUGGGAGGCCGCUGGUCGAGCCGUUGGUGCUCCCUAUAGGAUCUGCCUGGCUUGCAUCGAAUUACUUGUUCCCUUGACAUGGCCCGUCCAACUCGAAGGCGCGCGCUACACCGCCGAAACCAACAUGCAAAAACCCCACGUCGAGCGCGCGCAGCGCAGCUACAAGCGAACCGUUCUCACCUACCCGACCGGCACCGCGCUUUCCUCAAUCGUCUGCAUCGCACUACCCUCGAUCGCUAAAGACCGUCGCAAACGCAACUCUCGAGAUGAGGCGAUUAUCCGCCUCGUGCUGUAUUUCCUGAGGAAUAUCGCGCUGAUCGAUAUGUCGCCUACAGAUCCCGAAGGCGUCGACGACGGACGCAGCGCGACUAUCGUUGCGUUUGGGCAGCAGAAUAUAUUUGAUCUCGUCGCUGUGCUGGCUUCUGGUAUUGAGGACGAGAUGAAAACGCUCAAUCUCGCGCUGCUCGAGCUUUUGUUCCAUCUCCUGAAAGGAAUCGAUCCGGCAAGUCUGUUCAAGGCCGACGAGCCCAAGCCCGUCGAGACUGUCGAGAAAUCCUGGCUUGCGCCGGAAGGAGGACACCGUGCGCGCGUGCGCGCGUCGCGACACAACAGGUUUGGAACGAUGACGUCGCUCGUGAUUAACGGGACCAACCGCGUGACGAUCUCGGGACCGAAGGCGAUCGACGGGACUAAGAACGCGAUCGACAAGCUGGACUCGAUUAAGACGUGGCGGCGGCAUGAGGGAGGCGGGCGGAAGAAGGAGGUGGAUGAAAGUCCGCUGGAGAAACCGGCGCAGAUUUCAAAGGAGGCGACGAAGGUGCUUGCUUCGUUUGUCGGGAGUUUUCUGGAUACGUCGUUUAACCCUCUAUUUAUAAGCGUCCGCAAAGAGAUUGAGCGCGAAUCCGAGCGCGUAGAAGAGCACCACCAUGUCCAGUUCGCAUUCUUAGUCUCCUGGUUCCUCAACGCCGAACUCGAACGCCAACGACGGACGCCAAACGAAGAACUCGGCUUCGGUCUUGUCGCGGGCGUUCUUGACCACCAGUCGCUAAUCACAAUCACCAAGCUCAUGCGCGAAGCAACAGAGAGCAAGCUGAUGACAAAACUCGCGUACGGCAUGGACGCGUUUAGAAAUAUCCUGCUUGUUGCGUCGGAAAUGGCGAGGAGCACGGUCGAGACCGAUCGAGAGAUUGCAGAGAAUAUGAUCUCGAGGCUGUUUUACGAGGAGACGACGCUGGAGUUGAUUGCAAAGCUGCCUGGUGCGGUGAUAAAGGCGCAUAUGGUACUCCUGCAAGGAUGCUGCGAUCUCAUAUACGUCACGCUCAAGAUCCUCGAGACAUUCUCAAAGCAGGGCAAGUUAUUCGUCAAGCACAAGAAACGCCAACACCGAAAGUCAAAGGCAAAUCCCUCCUCCUCAAACACAAAGAAACGCAAGGCGGGCUCAGACGGCGCCGACUCUGCAGACGAAGACCAGAUCUCGGACGUGAACGACGACGAUGCGCUGACGCACAUCGCAACCUCGGCCGCGGACGCCGAGCGCGAGUUUGAAUUUGCGCGGUUCGAGUCGCGCUUCCUGACGCAGAACUGCGUCGACAUGUAUCGCAAGGUAUUUGCAAACUACGCCGAACUCUCGGACCAGCAGAUCAAGCGCGUGAUUUCGUUUUUCCACCGCGUGUUUUUCAAAGAUCAGGAGGAAGCGCUCUUGUUUCGUAUGGACUUUGUCUUUCUUCUUUAUCGGUGCUUGGAUCCCGUCCGCGGCAUCCCGUACACGAAAAGCUCGCGCGCGGACGUGGAGCAGUUUAUGAAGCACUUUGUGCGCAGGCUGGUCAAGGCGUUCAAAGAGCGACCGGCAUAUCACAUUGAGAUUCUGUUUUCAAAGAUGGCGGGCUCUUUGCAUUUCCUGAAAAACGGGUACGACGACGCGCCACGGCAGAGCAAAAAGAGACGGAGUGAUCACUUCGACGCCGCGGUGAAGAAGUCACCGGACGAUCUCAUGGACGACAUAUACGCGGAGAUUCUUGAGCAGCAUGCUGCUGCCGCGGGUGCUGAGCCGGCGGAGGAGGAGGGUGCGUCUGACGCGGCGGUGGCUGAAGCGCUGGCGGAGAAGAGACGGAUGAAGUUCGAGGCGGCGCAGGAGGAGAUGGAGGAUUUCAUUGACGACGAGGAGUUUGAUGGGGAUGAGGAUGGGCUGUUUGUUUCGAAACCGCGGAAGCAGGCGGAGGUGGUGGAUGAUGGACCGACGGCGGAGGAGCUUGAGGCGAUGAUGGAAGCUCAUGAUGCUGAGGAAACUGCAGGUCCUUCAGGUGCACCUGAAGCAGGCAAUCAUCUGGAAGGACCUACGGAAGAAGAACUCGAGGCCCUGGACGACAUCGAAGUCGAGGCUACAGCUGAGGCAGGUAAUCAUCCGGAAGGACCUACGGAAGAAGAACUCGAGGCUUUGAACGACAUCGAAGUCGAAGCUACAGCUUUUUUGACCGAGACAUCCACCACGAGUGCUUCGGGCGAAACGAAAGCCGCGAACGAGACACUGGCCUCCGAGUUGACGGACGCCGAAGACUCUGUUCUUGACCAACUCUUCACAGACGAUGCUACGUCGCCGCCAACACCGGCACCCCGUUCGCCGGUGAAGACGGCUGUGAAUGAAGAGGAGAAAACUGCGGACGAGAUAGAGAGUGGAGAUGCGCAGUUAGACAGCGGGAUUAUGAUUGAUGUUUAGUUUAUGGGUUAUGUCUGUACAAUCGUGAAUGCUAUA